AUGUUCGAGGUUAACGGCCUAACCGAGAAAAUUGCGCCGGGCAAGAAGAGGAGAGGACGACGUAUCGCAGACUUUUCAAGCGGCGGAUCUGGAGGAUGGUCCAGGGAUUUUCCCUCUCCUGUGAUGCUCGUGCAACAACUGGAUAUGGGACUGACUGCAGAGAAAAAUGACUUCUAUCUCGAACGAUGUGAGAGGAAGGAGGGCUUGAGUCAGUACUUGAUCAGCAGCAUUGAUGGAAGAGGAAAAACAGAGGGAAGCCUGGGAAAGGCGAAGAGUCACACUGGACGCCGCGAGAGUUCCCGGGAAGGCAAGCCUAGGGCAACUGCCAGUUCUUUGCCUGCGGCCGUCUUUCAAGAGCAGUGGCUGGCCAUCACCGGUGAUGCGUGGAAACGCUGUGCGAAUAUGGGCACAAUGAAUAGCUGA